GCUCCCCAUUUUGAAGACCUUUUGCGCAUCAAUUAGCGCGAUCGCUCGGGGAAUUAUUUAUUCUCUUGAAUGUUGAAGACGUCUACAGGAGCAUGACGCAACUCCUGAAGAAAGUUUGCGUCAUGCCAGGCGAAUCCGCGGCUUUAAAGAGUAUGGUUGUUGGGUGCUGUGGCAGUUGAGCUUUAGCUUCGGAUAAGUAAGGUGGUGUCUGGAGUAGUGCGCUUAGAAUUGAUCUUGUUGGACAAUGGAUCACUUGAGCGUGUUGCUGGCUUUCGCCGUGGGGUGCCUCGGCAUCUACUACUUCUUCUGGUACUCCUUCGGGCAUUUCCGGAAACUAGGGCUCGCCUACAUGAAACCUAUGCCCAUCGUCGGGAGCAUGUGGAAGGUGACGAUCCGACGCACGUCCGUGGCCGACAUGUUGCGGGAGACCUACAACAAGUACCCGGACAUGAAGUACAUAGGCUUCUACGACUGCAACGACCCGGUCUUCAUGGUAAGAGACCCGGAGUUAAUAAAGUCCAUCGCCGUGAAGAGCUUCGACAGCUUCCCGAACCACAGACCAGUGGUCGACCCGGAGAUGGACCCGAUCUUCGCCAAGAACCUCUUCUCCCUUCAGGACGACAAGUGGAGGUCCAUGAGGACCCUCCUCAGUCCAGCCUUCACGUCCAGCAAGAUGAAGUUCAUGUUCAAGCUGAUGUCGAAAUGCGCCGCCAAGUUCGCGGACCACAUCGCCUUGGAGCAGAAGGACAAGCCUGGGAACAAGGAAGUGGACAUGAAGAUGAUCCUUACGAAGUACACCAACGACGUCAUAGCGACCUGCGCGUUCGGGAUAGACGUGGACACCAUGAAGAACCCGGAGAACGAGUUUUACCACCUAGGGAAGAAGGCCACGAGUUUUGAAGGAACCGCUGCGCUCAAGUUCUUCCUGGUGAGGACGUUCCCUGGGUUCUGCAGGCUCUUCAACAUAACCUUCAUGGACAAGAGGGUGAAGGACUUCUUCAUGUCCGUUGUCGGGUCCACGGUGGCCACGAGGGACGAGAAGGGCAUCACCAGGCCUGACAUGAUCCAGCUGAUGAUGGACUCCAGGGGCAAGAACGAGGACCUGGACCUCGUGGAGAUGACCUCCCAGGCCUUCGUCUUCUUCUUCGGCGGCUUCGACUCGUCCUCGUCGCUGAUGUGCUUCGCCGGCCACGAGAUCGCCGUCAACCCUGAAGUCCACGAAAGAGUGCAGGCCGAGGUCGACGAGGUGCUCAAGGAGAGCCAUGGGGAUCCCACCUACGAGGCGAUCAACUCCAUGGAGUACCUAUCCGCGGUGUUGUACGAGGCGCUCAGGAUGUACCCGGUGGCUCCCAUGUUGGACAGGGUCUGCGUCAAGGAGUUCGAACUUCCCCCAGCCUCCCCUGGGAUGAAACCCGUCACCCUGUACCCGGGGUCCAGGGUGGGCUUCCCGAUUUUCGGGCUACAGCGGGACCCGAAGUUCUUCCCCGACCCUGAUAAGUUCGACCCGGAGAGGUUCCUGGGCGAGGACAGGAUCAACACCGCCAAUUCUAACGUCUACCUUCCUUUUGGAUUGGGUCCCAGGAUGUGCAUCGGCAACAGGUUCGCCUUGCUCGAAAGCAAAGUCGUCCUGUUCCAUCUUCUCGCCAGGUGCAACCUGAAGCCCUGCUCCAAGACCUCCAACCCCAUGGAGUUUAGCCGUAAGGCAUUAUCCAUGAUGCCGAUGAACGGAUUCUGGCUUGACCUAGAGCCCAGGGAGAAGACCUUCCUGUCCACCAGCUCCUAACAACGCGAAGAGCACCCUAAAUUCAGAUUGACUUUCCUUCGGAAGGAGACAUUGAAAAUAAUUGUGCUUUAAUUUCUGCAUGUUGAAUACUCAAUUAAUCGACGCGAUAACGAUACCAAUGUCUCCUUUGACUCUUCCGUUGUACAGCUAUCUUCCUCGCAAUUACGAGAAUAUACCAUUUCGGUUAAUUGACUGCUUCUGCAAUUGCGUCGUGCGUUGACAUGUCCGUCACGUUUCGGUAAAUCCCGAGGUUGGUUUUAAUUCAUGCGCACCUAGGAGGAAUAUUUUCCUGGCUUUGUCAAUACCGAGUUAAUGUAUGCCGAUGUACGCGACAGGUAAUGGCAGAUGCAUUGCGUGUACAUACACGGUAUGAACCACGUGUCGCCUUCGAGAUCAAUUGAACGCUCGUUAGUCCGGCGUCUCAAUGGCGGAGUCAAAGCAAUUCACCUCACACUUGACUCGGUCAAGAAUAAACAUUAGAGUACCGGA